CUGAGAUUUCAAUAAAGGCAAUAAAUUAUUUAUAAAUUCGUUCUUCUAAAUAUGUUCACGACUAAUAGAAGUAAAACAUUGCAAGGUACGGAUUUGCAAGAAAAAAUAAAUCAACUACACCAUGUAUACAUGCCAAUGGAUUUAAAUACUGCAUUCCAUCAGAGUAAAGUACUCGCUAUAGAUAAGUUAAUGUACAUUCUGAGACAUUGCACUCGACAGGACUUACAGGAGGCAGAAUUUAAGGAGUUACUUCUAUGCGCCCUGACUUUGGUUUAUUAUUUUGGUAUGCGUUUGAAACUAAGCAGACUGACGUCUAGAUAUCGGUAUUGGUGUGGUAAAAGGAUGUUUCACAAAGUCGAAGAAGCCUUCCAAAAAACUAUGGACUUCCUACAACCGGAACGUAGUGAUCCAACUAUAAAAAUCACUUUAAACUUUUUUACUGAAGUCGCUCUGUGGCCAUUUGAGAAUUUUGUUGGACAAGUUUUAGAGGUGGUUCUUUAUUUCAAUAGAGGGAAGACUACUUUAUUCAAUCUAAUGCUGACGGACAUACAUUAUGCGAUGUUCUGUGAUAUUAAAUCAGCGAGACAUCGUAUAAGAGUAUUAUAUGAGUUACUUAAAAGUAGUAACUGGAUUAUUGAAAAACAGAAAUUGUUACCAUUUAUAACGCGACUUUUAGACUUUUUCGCUUACAGUAUAGCAAAAGGCGACAACAGGAUAAUAGUGUAUACAUACCUGCGGAAAGGUUUUGAGGUUUGUCUUCGGAGGAUUUUUGAAAGGGCUGAAAAUAAUCAGCGCUUGAUUAUUAUAACUACUAUGCUUAACUGGUUCUCAAUGGUGAACAUGAACGAUGAUGAUGUCCUAGAGUUCUCCUGUUUGUUGGACCAUGCCGCAGAAUUAUACACAGUGGGUGCUUAUAGCGAGAGCUUCCGUGAAGGACUCGUUGAUCAUGUUUUGAGUAAUUUAGUCAGCUCUCCAAAUUCUAUUUACAGCUUAGUUGGCUGUCGUCUUUUAGAAAGAUUUUUAGAUCGCCAAAAUAAUAGUUGUUAUUUAAUUGUACCGACGAUAUACUAUGAAUUCUCACAGGUUCGGUUAAAAAUUGGAGAAUACGACAACGGUGAUAAAGCAUUCAUUCGCCAGUACAGGGAAAAGUUCCACGAGCACUUUCUUAAAGCUAUUAAACUGCAUUGCAUCAGUAUUGUCAAUUUGAAGGCGAUUUUUGCUGUUAUCUGCUGUUUGGUAUUAGAAGUGCCUUGUGGGUUAACAGCUGCUACAGCAUCAUGUAUGGUUAUGGCUAUUCAAGAUUAUGCUUUAAAUGGCGAGAAUUUAUCAGCCACAUGUCGUUAUUGGAUGCAUGCCAUCGUCGUUUCUAUAAUGUCUAUGGUGUGUUGGGUUCACAAAGCUCCUGUAUUGUACCGUUAUGUAAAUCAAAUAAUAUCGAGGCGAGCGAAAGAGGCGCCUCAAUUGAAUCCACCAUUGAUGCUGUUCUAUAAAAUUGAUCAUCAUCACAUAACUUGGAAUAAACCGACGCUGUUCUUUGAGGAUUGGGAGUUGCGCUAUGCGUUAUGGAAACAUUUUAAAAAUUUCCGGUCAUCUUCGUCUGCAGUAUUGGAUCAGUCAACGUUGAAUAGAAAAGUGCCCACGAUGGAUUUACAAAAAUAAAUAUAUUGGAAUAACUAUAAUUGUAAUUGUUAGUACUUAUAUACUCCAGUAUAUAAAUAAAUAAAUAACCCUGGACAAUUACUACAACGCCAUCUAGUGCCAUGAUAAACAGAGCUUGCGUAUC